GAGAGAGAAGUGUUUGAAGAGUGCAGGAGUGGCAGCUUGAGGGUGAAAGAGAGGCACGAGUGGAUCCUAAAGUCCUCCCAGAGCGGGGCUGGCCGAACUGAGCUGGCUGGAGGGAGGGGGCGGAGUGCGCGGAGUCAGCGCCGGCGGCUGCCACUGUCGCGGCCACUGCUGCGUCUGGCCUUAGCCCGGGGCGGCGGGACGUGGUCAGGCAGCCCGGACACGAUGGGACCGCUUCCCGAGCUUUGCUGACUACCGGCGGCGGGAAGAAGGGGUUCAGAUCGGCCUCGGAGGGGAUGCCGAGAAGCAGUCAGUUUCCUGCCCCCAGCACCUAAGCAGCCCGGGUCGGUGUGCCCCGCGGGCGGCUGGAGGCGGCGGCGGCGCGGCGCGGGCUCGGAGCACGGCUCAUGUCCGGUGCGGGCGAAGCCCUCGCUCCCGGGCCCGCGGGGCAGCAGUGCUCGGCCGAGGCGGGCGGCGGCCGGCUGGGCUCCCCGGCCCUCGAGAAAUGCAAUGAAGACAAUAGUGAGAAAGACGUGAGUCAAGCUAGCAGUAAUCAUUCCAAGUAUGGACUGAUGCAGGACCAGUCCAUCUGGGGAAAUCCUGCAGAUGGGGAACUUGUCAGAACCCAACCUCAGCGCCUGCCUCGACUGCAGACAACAACACAGGAGUCUAGCAAGGAGGAAACAGGCAAGAUAAAGAAUGGGGGCCCCACGAGUCUGAGCAAUGGAAACGGAAUUCAUCACGGAGCCAAACAUGCACCCACAGAUAAUCACAAAAUUUCAGCUCCUGUUUCUCAGAAAAUGCAUAGGAAAAUCCAGUCCAGCUUGUCUGUAAACAAUGAUAGUAGUAAGAAAAGCAAAGUCAAUGCUCUCUUUUCCCAAAAAUCUGCCUCCUCCCCGGAAGACUGUUGUGUCCACUGUAUCCUGGCCUGCUUGUUCUGUGAAUUCCUGACCCUCUGCAAUAUUGUCCUGGGACAAGCUUCCUGUGGCGUCUGCACCUCCGAAGCCUGCUGCUGUUGCUGUGGCGACGAGAUGGGUGAUGACUGCAACUGCCCUUGCGACAUGGACUGUGGCAUCAUGGAUGCCUGUUGUGAAUCCUCAGACUGUCUAGAAAUCUGUAUGGAAUGCUGUGGCAUCUGUUUUCCUUCAUAAAGAUGUAUCUUUCAUUUGUGUUAAAACUGGAGACCAUUUUCCAAUAUUCCUUGUAGGGGAGAUAAAAGGCACAUGGUAAGAGUCUCAUGAAGCAAUCAGUGUUUGCACUGCUAACUUGUAAUGUUUAAGUAAUUGCUGAAAUUCUUUCUCGUUCACUAGAUCUAUGUGGUUUAAUAUGUGAAGUCUUGACUAACUGGUUUUGAAGCUUCUUCAUAGACAAUAAUAAUUGGAAGACAUCUCGACACACCCACCCAGCAAUGUUGUAUGUCUUCUUUCUGCUGACAUAUCUGUUUCUCCUGAUCAUUCUCACAACUCUUUGCUCAGUAGGUAUUUAAACGAGAUCACUUAUCUUUGAUGUUUAUCUAUUAGAGGUUAAAAGUGAACAUUCAUUUUUCUAAAGAAGCACACAUAUUGGGCAGAGCCGUAAACAGAUGUCGGACUCUCCAUGUUGGCCUCCUCUGUGUGCUUUCCACCACCAGUAUUCUACCCAGAAGGCACAGAGGAGAUCAUUCUGCUCUCAUCAGAGCAGCAUGCAGGGUAGUAGAGGAGGGCAGGAGACGAGCAGUAAACAGUGAACCAGCUCACAUGCAUGCUCACUUCUGGACAGGAAAGGAAAAAAGUCAUAGGAACAAACAGAAGCCAAGUACAGGUUACGGAGGCAGACUUGAAGGAGGAUGUGGCAUUGCAUAUGCCUUAGAAUGAGCUACUUAAAUUUAGGGAAAGUUGAAGGUGGGUGGCCUAAACUGUCUAUGGUUCUGAACAAGUGAAAAGAAUGUGCCUUCAUGCACAUUUCAGCAACACAGCUUUCUGAAAGCUAUAAAAUCGGAACUAAUGCAAAUAUGCACUUUGCUACACAUAAUUUAAGUGUUAUAAAUUUUAAUGAAAACAUAAUACCUUGUUAACAUAACUAUAUUUUACCAAAAAUGUAGAACACUUUUUAACAACUAUCAUUUAAAUGAGUUUUUUUCUUCUUUCUCUUUCUUUCUAUUUUUUUUAAGAUUAAAAAAAAAAAAUCCCAGUUUUUUGAUUUGGGGUUUUUCCAAAGCUUACUUAUAUUUGAAAGAUUUGGUUCUUUAUGGAGGAGCUGCUAGGGAAUCUAUUUAUUUUGGUUGGCUUGUAGCCAUAGUCUUGUGUUUCACGAGCAUGUGUAUCUUGGAUCCACUACAGGAGGAGGUCAGAUGUCCAACACCAUCACCAGAGAUCAGUGUUCCAAUUGUGUGUUAAAUUCUGCCAAUGUGUCAGGUUACAAAGAUACUAAAAGUAUAAAGAAAUAUGUCUGGGAUGAGACUAACUAGAGAGUGAAGGAGUCUGCUCUCAUGAAGGAGAGUGUUUGGUUUUACACACAUCCUCCCACAGAGAUUUUAUUUCUCUUCAGAUUUAAAAUUUGAAUCCAUUGACUAAUUCAUUGUGUGCUUUUGAAAGUGUGUUUGGUUUAGUUGUUAAAAUCAAUGCAUUUUUAGGAAGCCUUUAGACAACCUAGAUUUUCAGGACACCUGAGGUUCUUCUUGUUGUUGUUAUUUUUGGCUUUUUUUUUUCACAUGAAGAAUGAGAACAUCUCCAAUGUUUUUCCUUUGAGAGUAAGCCUAUCUUAAAAUUAAAUUAUUAUUUUAAAUACUCUUUGAGAAAAGAAAGCAAGUGAAUCUCCUGUCUAGUGCAAUUUAAUCACUUUUAAGAUGUUGGUUUAAAUACAAUGCUAAUGUACGACUGCCUUCUUCAUUUGUUAUGUCAAUUAUAAUGGGAACCUUAAUAUUUUCACGUACCCAGCGUUGGCUUGUGCUUGUGUCGUAGGAUGAAGAUGAGCAUCUGUUGACAGAUAAGCCUCCUAAUGAUUGUUAGAAUAUCUGACUCAUUAUCCUGUAAGACUGUUUAACUGGUAGGUUUGUCUGAUGCUCCAUAUACCCUGCUAUGAUUUGCAAUGAAAAUAUUAGUGCAAUGAAAUAUUUUUUUCCAUAGUAGAGAGCACUUGUGAAUACCAGAAUUUAAUUUCCAUACUUGUACAUGUAGGACUUUUCUCCAGUUCUCUACUCCAGGCAAGCCAUUCCUUAAGGCAUCUUGUAUAAUUCAAAAGAAAACUAGGCAAAUGUGAAAACUGUUUCAAUAUGUUUUAGAAUUUUGGUAUAUAGUGUUUUGUUGAAUCCUCUGGCCAUCAAGACUAAUUGCAAUAGUUGACAGUUAGACAUUCAGUGUUCUCUUAAACGUGACGUAUUUUCAAACUGGAGCUGUAUUAUCCUGGACAUUUUCAAAUUAAAAAAAAUGAAUUCUUUAUUGUGCUUUAAGAUUCUUUGUAUAUCUGAUUAAUAUGUUAGUUGCUUUAUAUUUAAAUGAUUUUAAUGAUAAUGCAAACCCUGAAUAAUUUAUUUAUCCUUUUAUAUCUCAUCAUGAAAAUUUUCCUAGUCUCCAUUUCUCAUUAUUUCUAUGUAGAUCACAAGGUUCAUGCCCACUUAUAAAGUGAGAAAUGUAUGGGAUAUUUUAUCCGUAAGUCAUUGCUGCCCUAUGUUAUCAAAAUACAGUGUUCUUUUGAGAUAAAUGUAAAAUAAGCUUAUUUUUUCCUGCUCUUCCUUCCUUCAUUCACUCCAUUCUUUCUCUCCCUUCCUUAUAUUUUUCCUUUUUUUCCCUCCUAUCUCCUUUUUCCAUCUUUCUGUCUCUGUUUUCUUUCUUUUUUGAGAUAAGAUUUCAUACAGUAACCAAGGCUGACUUGUCCUUCACCAUAUAACCCUCAGUGACUUCAGCUUCACACCAAUCCCCCUCCUCAACCUCAAAAGCACUGGAUGUCAUUAUGACAGGCACUAGUAUUCACUAUUUGAUAUCAUUUAUUUGUCUAAGGAAUUUGUUUUAAUUUUAAGGAACUUUUUAACUUGGCUAUAUUCUGUUAGGUCAUUGGCUGAAAGCAACUUCUUUAUUUAUUAACCAAUAAAAGCAACACAUAUAAAGAAGGACUUCCCAUACCAUUUUCCCUUUUCUGUUUAAUUAAAAGGAAGGUUUUAACUUUAACAUAAUAAAAUUACAUAUAACAAAACAGGUUACAAGCAAGAAUUACAGUGAAAAUAUUUAUAUCUACUUUAUCUUUUAUCAUAACUAAGUAAAACUAUAAUUCUCUAUUUUUAACUCCAUCAAAAACUCCAGACGGAUAUAAUAUUACCUAAGAAAACAGGAAGUGCAUGGUAAGCAACUUCCAAAACUCUAGAACUGACAGAGACAUUUCACUGCCUGGACAGUCAUCCAAAGUCUUUUAUAAUAUUGUGGGCACCCAUCUUCAGCCUACUGGCCCAUAGUAUACUGUAGACUUUCCCAUGAAGCAGGAAAUUUCAAAGACAGUAUUUUUUAUGUUGGCAGUUUGUCAGUUACUUUUUUUGUGUGUCCUGCAAAAUUACUGGCAGACUCUUUUAUGAAGCAGGAACCUGAAAGGAACCUCUCACCUGUAGGCAAGUUUAGCAGUCAUUUCUCUGUGGCUCCUGUAUGUACAGUUUACACAACAUACCUUCAAGCAGUCAAGGCAAGAGUAGUUUCUUGAUCAAAUGGCUAACAAAUUCCAUGAGAAGCCUAUUCAAUGCCCAUGGUCUUCUUGAAGUAGAUUACUGCUGCCAGGAGCAGAGGUGUCUCAUUGUCAUGAAAAAUUAUAAGUUCUUCAAGCAUUUAAAUGUCAUAUUUUAUAGGUCUCUGAAAGAUUUGAAUAGGUAUCUAACUGAAAUAUAUCUUUAUAUAUAAAAAAAUCUAACAUGACUAGAAACUUGAUUAUUAUAGAUGACUUUCUAUUAACAUUUGUUUUUAAUUACACAUUGCAUUUUCAAAUGAGUCACACAAAUGAAAUACCUUAGUCAAGAGCAGAAACAUAUGUAUAUAUAACAAAAUUAAUCUUAAAUUUGUAUCAAUAAACCAAGAUCCAUAUCAAUGCAAAGUAUCCAUCUCUAUAGCAUAUCCCCUUUUAAAUGUAAAUAAACAUUUAUAAACAAUACUUGGGAAUUUGGGCUUAGUUUUUUUUUAAACUGUUUUUUGUUGGGUGAAGUAAUUUUUGCCUUUUGGGGGGUAUUGGUCCAUUAAAUAACAUUAGUU